AUGGCAGAUACCUUGCAACUUCUGGGGGAUGUCACAGAUGUGUCAAAUGCGGCUGCCAUAGUCGGGCUCGACACACUUGUGGAGGAGGGGCGUCUUAUCGAAGAGCGAGCCGAUUAUCUGAAAGAAAAAUUCAAAGAGCUCCACAAUCGUGUUCUGGUAGUGUACAAACGGGACUUUUUUCUUUUGAAGAGGGCACGGCAGCUGCGAAAGGAGCUUGAUGCCCAGAAGGAGCGGAUGGCGGCGCGCGGGAAGAUUGCCCAGGAUGAUGACGCGGAGAUCCAGCGCUUGAAUAAGUUGCUCAUGGAUACUGAGGAAGAGCUCUCAGAUGCCCAGGAGCGCGAGAGUAUUCUUCAGGUGGAGGUGCUAGAAUUAGAUAGGAAGAAAUUUACUGUAGCGCUAGAACGUGAGGAUGCUAUCGCAGCUGAGGAGGCUCAGUUGAGACCUCGCAUGGAGGCUAUGCGGCAGGAGGUAUCGUCAACUGGAAAGGAGCUCGAGGACAUGGUGGAACAAUGCAAGACCCUUUCUGCGAAGCGCGACGUUUUACUAGCACAGGAAGCGGAGGCUACGGAGGCCCUCGCUAAGUUUAAAACAACGAUGGCGGAGACUACAAGGCAGCUUGCCAACAUCGAACGGUUGCCAGAACAUUCCCUUAGACAGGCACAGGUGAUUCUGAAGAGUUACGAAGCUGCGUUGCUUGAGGCGAAGGCCCUGGACGAGAAGUUGGCCGCUCAAGCUGACAUGAUAGCAAAGCUAGAGUUGAAGAAGAACAAUCGCAACUUGGACUACGAGCAGGCUGUGGCCAACCUGCAGAAACUCAAAUCCAAGAUAGACUCAAAACGCGUCACCAUUGCCACCCUCAACACUUCAUUAGAGAUGGAGCAGGAGGCACGUCUGGGGUAUCAACAACGAAUAGCUCAAAUAGAAGAUCUCAUUAACACCACCAAUGCCACAAGGGCCAAACAGUGUGAAGACGUGGAACAGGCGAGACGGGAUCUAGAGCAGGCUCGGGAGGAGUAUGCGGAACUUGACAUUGCGCUCUGCAAAAUUAUAAAAGAGCAGAAGGAUGUAAAGGACAACAUAACCAGUGUAAUGAAAACUAUCGAGCGUGUGGAAACUACGCGCAAAAGAAACGCACAACGCUUAGACGACGCGAAACGGGAUGCAGAGAGACGAAAUCAACUUUUCUUGAAGGAGCAAGGCUAUGAGAAGGAGUUUACCGCAAAGGUUGGAGCGGUUAGCGCUGAUAUCAAGGUGAUAGAGAAGGAGAUCAUAAACCGAACGCUGCAGGAGGAGACAAAACGUCGUGAGAUCAAAGCCUUGGUCGUUCGUCUACAGGAACUCAGUAAGGAGAAAGCUAAGGGCAAGAGCCGUAUCAUCAUAGGGAAACAUGAGCUACGGAUGAAGGAGAUGUACGUGAGCGAUGCCCGGAAGCGUCUCUCCGACUUAGAACUUCGACUUGAUUCUAUCAUCGAUACGUUCCAGAGCAUCAAGCAUGAACGGACUCACAAGGCUGCGCAGAUACAGGCUAUAACACAAAAGAUGACUGAGAUGACUGAGAAAAAGGCCAUUCUUGAGAAUGAGCUUGUUGUCCUAUGCCGAGAGUCCGCUGUAAAGGAGGCUGAGUUGGUGAAGAAGCGAAGGCAAAUUCACAAACUCCGACAAUCAUGCAGGGCGCUCCGGUUGGAGAAAAACAAUCAGCGAAAAUGCUUGGAAAAAAGGAGUUUGGAAGAACGUAAUAUAAAGGCUCAAGCCCGGCGGGUGGCCAGCCGCAUUGCCACCAUGGAGGAGGAGAUGGGAGGCGCGAAGCGGAACUAUCAAAACAUUAUCGAGAACCGUGACGGUGCUGGCAUUCAGCUUCUUGACAGGAACGAUGAGUUGUGUGUGUUGUACGAACGCUUCAAGACGCAAGAGAAGGUUAUCCGCGAUGGAAUCACCGUGGACAAUGCUCGUGAGGAGGAGAUACGGGCGCUGCGCAUAAAAUUUACUGAUGUCCGUCGUCAGGUUGACCUUGUUCGCGCUUCGGUGCCUCAGGUGAAGGAACUGGAGGACCGGCUGGCAAAAAUCCUGAAUGACAUUGAUGAUGAAAAGUGGAAGGUGGAGGUUCUAGAAAAUGACCUCACAAAUCCAAAGAACGCGCACCGCUGGCGGCUUCUUAAAAGACAAAACGCGGGGAGGAGCGUCGCCUCAGGCGUCACCGCCCCCCAGCAGGCACACUCCGACGUCGUUGCUACUGCCUCCCCUGGUGAGGCAGCACCGAGCGCCAUUGUGACUGCGUCUGACAGCUGCUCGGACGACGUCGUUGACUUGCAGCAGCGAUAUCAGCAGUUGGAGGAACGCGUCAGAAAUGUCAACGAGCGUAUCCGUGAAAAGGAGCUCAUUCUCGAGGAGGUGACUGAGUUGUCGACGCGUUUAGCUGAGCAAGUUAAGAACGGGCGUGAGUUUACCCUAGCACUCACGAAACAGGUGAAUUCUCACCAUCACAGCAUUCGGGCAAAGACGAGGCAGAUGAUGGCUACCGUUUCCGAACUCUCUGUUUUUCAGGCAUCCGCAAUUCAGUUGCAACAAGACGUGCAGCGUCUUGAAGGCAUCGUUGAGGAAGCGGAGCGGCUGAUGGCGGAGGGUGAGGCUCCUUUCGCUGAGGCAGAGGAGCGGUACAUUAGAGAAGUUGAGGGCAAGGCGCGGUACAGGAACGUUCUGCGGCGCAAAAAAGAGGAAUUGGAAUCGGAGAAAUCCAAGGGUCCCAAGGUUUACGUCGAGCAACGGCCGAAUGCUUACAUCCCGGAUGACGGUUUGAGUGUUCCGAAACCAUUUGGGGCCCUAAUGCCCUUCAAACCGACGCCGGCAGUUCAAACAUCGCGGUAUUACAGGAGUAAAUCCGAACGUUCUCGAGAUAGCGAUGGGCCGAAACGAGGCCCAUACUCGGAGUCUUAUAGCGGUGGGGGUAGCUUAAAGGGCAACGACAAUGGGCCCCCUAAAACCAACCACUUUUCGCUGACGCAGUGA